AUGGAGGCGUUGUCAGCAGCCAAGUCCUCUGCCCCACUGGCCAGCCCCCUGGCCCUCCUGAACUGCCCCAAGGCACAGCACCCACCCACUCUGACCAUGGUGAUGGAGGUGGUGAAGACCCUGGAUGAGCGCAAGGGGGUCUCUGUCGUGGCCAUAAAGUGCUACAUCCUGGACAGCUACUCCAGGGUGGACCCCAUCUGCCUGAAGUACACCCUGGCCCAAGGUCUGGAAAGGGGCUGCCUCCUCCGGCCCCAAAACUCUUCCGCGCUGGGUGCCACGGGGAGAUUCAAGCUGGGCACAGAGGAAGCCAAGGGAAAGAAGAGCCAUGGGGAAAAAUUGGAUUCAGAUGGAAAAACAGCACCCAAACUGAAGAAAGCAGCCAAGAAGCCCAAGGUGAAAGUUUCUGUGGAGAAACCGAGGCAGGGAGCAAUCACAGAAGGGGAGAAGAAGGAGGUAGCUCCCAGCAAGAAUAGCAAGGCGAAAGCUAGCAAGCACCCAGGCAAACCUUCAGCAAAGCCCAAGGUGAAGAAGUCCUCCGAGGGGGAGAAAGCAGCCCAAAUCCUCAAGAAACCAAGCUCUUCCAAGGCCUUGCUGGCAAACACACCUGGUGCCCCCCAGAAAGCUGUGUCUAAGGAAAGCAAGAUGGAGGGCUGA